ACAAGCUGCACGACGGCAGCCGUCUCGCCCCAAACUCAUCUCGUUGAGCAAUAUAUACUCGAGGGGGAAAAGUGACAAAAACUUAUUUUCAGGCAGUCAUGUGUUGUCUUCCAGGGCAAAGUAAACACAAAACAGUGUCAGAAUAUUAUGACGUUUAAAAAGUUAAAUAAAUAGAAUAUCCAUGCUAGUGUAUAUUUGUAUAUGCAGAUAUACAUCGUUGAAUUUGAAGUGGUAAUCUGUGAGAAGUGAAGUCAUGGAGAGCAAAAGUUGCAACAAUUUUAUCAGUUAUGUGGGAUUCGAGGAACACGAAAUGCAGCCCCUGGGUCCAAGCAGAAGGAAUUCAUUGGCAGCCAGCAACAUCAAACUUUUGCCCAGUGAACUAGUAAUUGCGGAGGCCCAGAGCGUUCUCAUGUUUUCACCUGUAGGUGAUUUGAAACAGGGCACGUCUGGAAUCUUAUCGGUUACUAAUUUCAAACUUGCCUUCAUUACGUCUGAUGAUUCCAACGGAGAGGAAAUUGUUCAUCAGCAAAACCAUCUCUAUGGUCACAUGGAUACUUGUCUCUCGAAUAUAGAUGAAAUAUACUUAAUAAUAGGUGAUAAAAAAAGGAGAUUACUUCCUGGAAGUGCUGUCCCCUCAAAAGUUAAAGGAAUAUUCAUAAUAUGCAAGAAUAUGCGAACUUGGUCUUUCUCGUUUAAAUUUUCACCGGUCGGACAUGGAAACACGCUGGUUACGACGUUACUUCAUCACGCUUUUCCCACGAGGCAUAAUCUUUUAUUUGCUUACGAGUACAAAGAAGCCUAUUACAGCAGUAUCGAUAAAGGUGUUCGUCUCUUUCGUGAUAUUUCUGAUUGGCAGAACGAGCUUGACCGCAUAUCUCGUCAGGAUACGAGAAUUCGAAAAAACUGGCGUGUCUCGAUGGUGAAUAUGCAGUUUCAGUUAUCGUCCAAUGCACCACCUUAUAUGAUCGUGCCAGCGUCUGUGACGGAUAGCCAAUUAACUGGUGCAGCAUCAUAUUUCCAAGGUAACAGACCCCCCAUGUGGUCAUGGUCAAACGAGCGUGGAGCAGCGCUCGUUAAAAUGGCCGAAUUGUUACCAACAGUGACGGAACGCACACAAGAAAAUAUAAUGUUGGAAAAUAUACGGAAAAGUCAUCCGCAAAGAUUACCCAUGGAGGUCGUUGAUCUUAACAAAGAUAUUACUACCAAAUCGGUGGCUGCUGGUUUUGCCAAAUUCGUAGGAUUAUGCACUCCCGACAAUAUUAGACAAUUUUGGCUGCAGGACAAUAAUUUUUAUUCGUUACUGGAAAACACCAAAUGGCUCAAGUUUGUAUCUUGUUGUUUGCAAAAGGCAGUUGAAGCUAGUGAGGAACUUGAAAAAGGAACUUCAGUCAUAUUACAGGAAGGUGCCGGCAGAGAUAUGUGCUGCGUGAUUUCAAGUUUAGUACAAUUGCUCUUAGAUCCAUAUUUCCGUACAAUAACAGGAUUUCAGAGUUUAGUACAAAAGGAAUGGGUCGCUGCAGGACAUCCCUUCUGCGAUCGUUUGGGCCACAUAUUAAACCCGGAUUCAGAAAAAUCACCUCUUUUUUUGCUUUAUCUCGAUUGUGUGUGGCAAUUGUGCCAACAAUUUCCCGCCCACUUUGAAUUCUCGGAAACUUAUUUAACGACGCUGUGGGACACGGCCCACGUGUCGAUCUUCGACACUUUCAUCUUCAACUGCGAACGUGACAGAGCCGUAGCAACCGGGGACCCGAACAUUCCUCUCAUACUACGGAGCGCAUGGGAUUGGCAAGAGCAACUGAACGACCAGGACAUUCUCUUGUUUUCAAAUCCCCUUUUCGACCAUCGAUUUCUCAACGAAAAGACCAGUACGUUGAAGCCCGUUUACACAAUGUCGAGUUUGGAGCUGUGGUCACAAUGUUAUUUCCGCUGGAUUCCACCCCUUGAAAUUCGUAACGGUGGCAAAAACCACGUUGAACUCUAUUCGAGAUUGUUGCUAAACGCGAUAAAACAAUUGAGAGCGAACGUUAACGGCACGUGCGGUUCACCGGUCGACAAGAUAAAUACGUACCUUUUGCAAAUGAAUAUCGACAGUUUUUAUCCAUUUGGAAACAAAAAAAAUGGCAACACGAUUAGCACGCCUAUAAUGAACAGUUCGAUAUUGAUGACCGAAAGUCUCAUGGAUGCUCAGUCACUUUUGAUCGUACCCGACUGAUAAACAGCUUACAAAAACAACUUGAAGUAUUUGAAAUUAUCAAAGUAGAAAAAGUAAAUAUAUUUUCGAGUUUUCUCAAAGAGUCUCGAGACUGAAUUCAAAAGAUUAAUAUUGGACGGAAAUUUGACGCGUCACGAAAGUCUAAGGCACUCAGUCUUCGAAAAUCAAUCGGUUCGUCGGUAUGUGCAUAAAAAAAUAUUUCACUGAAAAUCGAGUCCAUUUGAGUGGACAGAUCAAGCGUUAAUCUCACUUUUCCACUAGGAAGCGUAUUCGAAAGGUACAUGAUUAUACAUUUAAAAGCAGAAACUGAACAUCUAAUUUUCAGUAGAAAAUUGAAUAGCUCUUUUUUGUUUUCGGUGUCGAAAGAUUGAUUUCUUUUCGAUUGAAGCUUCGUAACAGUUUGAAAGAUUUAUUUGAAGCGCGAAUUGCCGAUGACCAGAAUUGCACCAAAAAGAAGCCAUACACAGAACACGAAAUCGUGGGUGCCAGUGAUAUAAUUUUCCGUAGAUGAUUAUGAAGCCGCAGCUAUUUACACAUUAAGAAUCCAUCUUUUUGUACGUUAAUCGUAACCGUGUGUACGAUAUCCCCAAUGAGUGAUUUGCCUUAUAUUUAUCGCAAUUGUUUAGGAUAUAUAGACAAUUAAACUUCGAAGAGCUUACCAUAGGAUAUUGAUAUGAGGGAUGGAAAAAAUGGUACAAUUUCGUUAUAAAAUAAUAAUGUUGUGUAAAAUAUUUUUUUAA